CAAACAUCCACUGCGCCUGUUUUUGUAUCACCUUGACGCGCGUAAUCGUUUAGCGCUUCACUCCGCAUCUGGACCGCCGGACAGGAGAGACUCCACCGCGACGCAGCGCCCUGAGCAGGUACAGGAGUUUGUUUCUUCACAUCUCUGAAGGUUGAAUUUAGAUUUUAGGAUAUUUUUCAUUUUUUGUGUCUCCUGCGUGACAUUCUGAUGUUUGGUGGAGUCAUUAGCAGACGUUUUUUUGGCUCUCUGCCUUCACUGGAGAGCUGAGUUACAACCAGAGGGGACUCAGGGGGAUUUGGCACACAGAGGACACUUAAACACUAAACCACAAUGUCUUAUGAUUAACUACUUUAUUUAGUGGAUUAAAUUUACUAAAACAAGCUCCUAAGAAAAGAGAGUUUAAAAAAUCUCAUAAUAAUAAUUUUAAACAGUGAAACUACAACUAGCAGAAAGAUAUCCUCGUAUAUUUGCAGUGAAGUGUAAACAGUUUGACAGAUGGUUGUUAAAAGUGCAUUAAAGUGAUGACUAAAAGGAGUGCAGAUUUGUGCUAAAUCAUGAACUUUACGUCAUAAUGAGACUUUUUUUAAAAAUAAGGUGUUGCUUGUUGUGUUAAUGUUUCAUGGUUGCAUGAGAUUCCUCUGGACUGACCAACUUUAACUGAUAAUCAGAGUUUCUUUUCUGAGAAACAUGAAGAUUUAUGAUCUGUUUCCAGAACCUGAGAUGACUCUGAGUUUGUCCUGGUCCCUCUUUAAGAUUGUUUGUGAGGGUUGAGUGUGUAACAGCUGUGAGACCUCCUCCUCCACAGUGAAAAGGUCCUUUUCUCUGGUUUGGUUUGAGGUUUGGUGGCUGGAGGAGAGUCCUCAUGAAACAGGACUUCGGAUAGACUGGAGGAGGUGUUGGUGUUUAGGCUCAUAAUCCUGAUGAAAAUCUGAAAAGAAAAAAAAAACUUUUUCAGGUAAAACUGAACGACACUGACAUAUUUCUGGAUUUGCUGUAACACGUAUUUGACAUUUUCAAACAAGUCGCCUCAUAAGAGCGAUGUGGAGAGUGUGGUCGAUCUAAUUUUGCUCAUGUGUCAUUAACUUGACUGUUUUUAGAUAAACUCAGUAUUUAUGCCCGUUUGCAGUGACUCUGUGUUCAGAUGAAUUGCAAAAACAACUUUUGCACAGUGUGAUUUGAUGUCAAUGCAAGGAGGCAAAAAUAUGUUUGUUUUUUUUUUUUUACUGGAGUGUCGCAAAAACGUAAAUCUACGUUAGUCUGAAGUUCAUCCACGUUGAAUUUUGUCGAGUUUGUCAGCUGACAAACUUGAGAGCAGGCAGAGCUUCAGGUCAUCAGAUUUUCAGCAGACACGUUUUUUUCUUUAACACUAAACAUCCUCAGCAUCAGUUUUGGAACACUGCUGCACUCAUCGAUGUCAAUUCUUGAUAACUGACCAAUCAGGAUAAAGAAGGGGCGGGACUUCUGACUAUGUCUUUGUCAACAACAAUGGUGGAGGUUGUUGCUAUACCCAAUCCAUCCAGGGAACCCGAUUUGUACUGCGCAUGUGUGAAACGUAUGUCACUUCACUAUGUCACUCGCCAUCUUUGCAGCACCUCGGCAAUUUUUUCCUUUCGUUGUUUGCGACAGCUUCAGCAUCAGCGAGCUUGUUUCAAUUAGAUUGGAUGCUUCAGUUUAUAACAGCCACAUGCUUUUCUUCUUCCCCAACUGAAGCAGAGCACCGUAGAGUCAAGAGAAUGGUGCCCAGUUUUACAUUUAAGGUUCCUACCACAGCUUAAUUGUAAAAUUGCAACAUACACUACGUUCACACUGCAGGUUAUGAUGCACAAUUUGGAUUUUUUGUUACAUCUGAUCUUUUUGUGCGGUCGUUCACAUCACAACAAUGAAUGCGGCAUCUUAUGUGAACAAAAUGUGUCCGUGAAGUGACCCGCAUGCACACAAAGCACAAAUUGCUUUCCGCGCCUGUUUGUGUUGUCGAACAAUGGUGAUGUUUGAUGCAUAUUGAUGACGCAUAGGUCAGAUGAACGCGACCUGAGCGUCCACACUGCAGUCACAUUGGAUACAUAUCCGAUUUAUAUCCACAUACAAAAGAGGCCUGGGUCAGAUUUGAAAAAAUCUGAACAGCACUGUUCACACUUACAUGAAAAAAUCAGAUAUGUAUCACAUAUGGUUAAAAAAUCGGAAUUAAUCUGCGGUGUGAACAGAGCCGUAGUUAUAAAAGGCUUGAAUGAAUGUGAAUAUUUCAUCGUUGAAAUUGAAACACUGUAUAAAAACGCUGAAAUUCAUUGUCCAUAAUGUGUAGGCUUCUUGUUAAUUUAUUUUAUUAAAUGAAAUAAAUCUCCCCUUGAUACUUUGAAAAGUCAGAGAACCAUAAUUUUGACCGGGUGGUGACGCUCUUUGUGGCCCAAAAGGUCUCACUGUGCUGGGCCGGAGCUCUGGCGAAUGCCUCGGCAUUAGCCCUGGAGCCCUCUGCUAGCUAGCCUGUCACAUCGCCAGCUGGUUUCUAAAAUCGAUCGGUAGUUUAGAUAAAGUUUUUAAGAUUAAGUAAAUUUGCACCUGCGUAGUAUGGAUCGGGUAGGUAGCAAUAGUGAUGACUCACUGCCGUAAAAUGCAUUAAAAUACGAAGAGAGGAAGUGACGUACGUUUCGCACAUGCGCAGUACAAAUCGGGUUUCUGGGACAGAUCGGGAAACAACAGAGGUACUUGAGAAAGGGGACUCUGUGACGACACUUGUCAUAUCGAGGUUCACUUUUCAAGUCCAGAGCUGAUGAUAGGACGCAGUAUUUUUAUUUUUUUAACGUCUUUUUUUCAAAUGCUGCCGAACAAAAACAAAAAUGAAGCGUAAAACUGAUCCAACAGUCACAGCUGAAGGAAGUGGAAGUGCAGCAGGGGGAUUUUCAUGACCUGGCAAAAAUAAACUCAGGUGAGAGGCGCCCUGAAAAUGAGGUUGUGGGCGCCGCCAGUGCAAAAAAAAAAAAAAAAAGCAUCAUGAGUGCAAGACACAACUAAUCUUGUGUUAUCUCGCAUAUGUUGAGGUGGAUCUUCUCAGGUCGAGUCUUGUUGAUCCAGGUGUUUGUGUAGACUUUUUCAACAGCACAUCUUUGUUGAAGUGUGUGUGUCCCUGCACCUCAAACACACUCUUAGCUGCUGUGCAGGAUCAGCUGCUAGAUGGGAGUCAGUCAGGACCCUGAAAUAUACCCGGGGGUGAUGAGGAGGACUCUGCAGCUCCUUGGCAGGUGAACCUCUCCCUGUUCCCUGAUAUAAUGCAUCCGGCUCUGUGUGCAAGGUUUCUGUGCAUGAUGUUUGACAUCAGUUUUUGGAGCUGAAAGGUUACCGUAUUUUUCGCACUAUAGCAAUACACCAAUACGCACCGGAUUAGAAAGCGCACUGGAUUAUAAAGCAGAUUAAGCCAAACAAAACACUCAAAUAAGUCAAACUUUAUAUAACUCAGUCAAUAACUCUGUGAUGCUACAGUAGCUGCAGUGCUCCAACAAGCCAAAAUGAUUUAAAGUCUGCUGUAAAGUCUAAAAAUUUAACAUGGAGCUCUAUGGAGGACUAACUCACUUUGGGACACAGCCCCUAGUGGACACUUGGGGAACUAUGGGUGGAUCUUUUUAUGUUUUUAAUCUCCAAAGAGCAGCCAUCAUUUCUCUCCAUUUUCAGUUCUAUGGGUAAUUCUGUGAAAUUGGUGCCUUUUGCAUCCCCAAGAAGUAAUCCGAUAUAAAAUUAUGAUAACAACAAAUUAAUAUGUAAUUGAAAAAUAUAACAUUACCAUGUCUUCUCUCCUUAAUAUAACAUUAAAUUAAAGUCAAUUAAAUAUCAUUUUAAAUAAUUAAAAUUAUCUUCAUGCUGAUGAGGGUGAGGAUUUUGGCCUGUCCCUCACUGCUAUUACUUUUCAAAGAAAAUUUGGUGAACUAUCCCUUUACGUCCUCUGAUUGAAAACAUUCACAUUUUAGUUUCCUGUAAACAACAACAGCAUCUUCCACUGUGACUUUCUGACUUUAUUAUACUUGAUUGAUUGCUUUAUUGGCGUGUUGCAACUUCCCCUCACUCUUGUGGAAAACUGGCGCGUUGAAUUGCCUCCACUGCGCUCCAUAAACUGAGGUUUCGAUCCUUCGCCGUCUGUCAGCACCGUCCGUCAUGAUUGCGAGCAUUUUCAUAGUUGUGGUCGAGCAUGUUGUGCAGCGAGAAAGACGGAGGGGCUGAGAGCGACACUCAGAGACCAACAACCCCUCUCUGUGUGCUGGCUUAGACUGAGCGGCUCCACCCUGACCCCCACCCAUUACCCCCACACACACACACAAGCACACACACACACACACACACACACACACACACACACACACACACACACACACACAGAAACGCACACACACAGACUGGGGCCUGCAGUGUCGGUCCCUAAAUGAAAAGUGGGGGUGUAUUCUCUGCAGCGACACACACACAGUCAGCUCCAAUCGGGGUAAAUUGCUGCUGAUGGGGAAACAACAUGAGUGUGUUUUUGUGUUUGAGAGCAGCACUGAGGUGUUCGUUUAGAGGAGGGCUCUGUUUUCUCCGCAUGAAUAGAAGUUUGUGUCGUGUCGGGUGAAAACGUGUUUACCAUCCACCGGCUGCAACUUUAAAUAGUGAGUGUUUCUGAAUGUUCCCACCGUUAUUUGUGCUGCAAACAAUUUCAUCAGGACACCGUGUCUGGACUUUUCCAACUUUAGCGGACUUAAAACAGAAAUCUGGACAAGCAACAGAAAAUCUACUGAGUUUAAGAGACGCUGCAACACAUCAUGUGACUCUGGGGGACGGUUCCUGAACAUGAGGCUGUGUUGUUACCUGGUUUCUGCUGUUAUGUUUAUUUUGCAGUCCACAGGAGCAUUAAAGGGAUACUCCAGCACAAAAUUAACCCUUUGAUGCGCAACAUAUGCACACCCCCUCUAAUGCGCAACAUGGGUCUAAAAAGACCCGCAUUCAUUUCCAAUGGUAUUUCAUGCUGGCUGAGUUUUUCUUUGUUCUAUCUUUUGAAAUCAGUUUGUUUUCUGAUUGAAUAUUCCAAGUAUUCUUUAAAUAUCUUGUUUUUGAUCACCACUGAUCAUUAUUUCUUGUUUUCUUUUCAUACUUUAUGAAAUAAUAUAGUUUCUAUAUUAUUAUUUCAAGUUUACACACAUGGGUCAAAAAUGACCCAUUCAUCCAAGUGUGAUUUAAUAUUAAAUUACCUAACACUAUAAUAAUAAUUUGUUUCAAGUAAUGAAAUUAGCAGUGAGUGGGGCCAAACCAUAGACUAAAUAUACUAUGGACAACUUGGUUCUGCCUACCGCCUGUAUACGGAUUUGGAGCCAAAAAGCUCUCGAUAUUUCCAGGAUUUUUCUACAUUUCUGAAACCAGCACUGCGCAGUAGCGAUGCGCGCAUUCGGCCCCGCAGUCGCCGAGAGUCGCUGUGAUAACGCUCGGCUCAAACAGCGUAUCCCCCCGGGAGAGCUACGCAAUCCCUGAACGCCCAUAGGCUGUAUCAGGUGUCAAUCAUAGCAAACAUGAACCCCCUAAUAACUUUUAAAAAUGGAGCUUCACAGAAAAAAAGAGGACUUGAGCACAAACCAGUCUUACUGUAACUACAUGUCUACAUCGCAAGCAGGGGGGAGAAAAAUUUAUGUUCUGUGUAAUAAAUUUCUAAAGUUUGUCCACAACUCCAUAACCUUUGCUGGCGGAGGCGGGAUUUAUGACCUAUACUGCAGCCCAUCAACAGAGGGUGCUGUUCUCGGAGUCGCUUCACCCAGCGAGGAGGCAGACUCUGUCCAUUCUAUAUACAGUCUAUGGGCCAAACAACUAUGUAUUUUGUAUCAGCAACAAGUUUAUUUGUCAUUUUGUCACAUACACAUGCGUCCGAUUAUAGCUAGCUGAAAUAACGCUAGCUGUUUUACCUGUAACUUUGUAACUUUCCAACAUGUAAUGUCCUCACUCUCAAGGUAACCUAAACCUAAUCAAAUCUAUGUACAAUUAUCUUUCACAAUUGUCAUCAAAUAAUUUCUAAGAUAAUGUCAGAACAACUGAAAAACCAUACUUACAUGUAUUAGAUGGUCUUUUCAUGCUAAAUGCUACAGUCAUUAUAUAUGGGUCGUUUCUGACCCAUGUAUGUAAACUUGAUGUAGAAAUACAAAAUCUGUGCUUCCUCAUAACAUAAGAAAGGAAAAAUAAAAAUGAUUAUUUGUGCUCAACUAAAACAAGAUCUUUACUGCAUACUUGGAAUAGUAAAUGAUAAAAUUAAUUUAUUUCAAAGAUAUACCAUAGAAACACUCAGCCAUACAUGAAAUAACAUUGAAAAUGGAUACGGGUCAUUUUAGACCCAUGUUGUGCAUUAGAGGGGUAGUGAUACAAAAACGGUUUUUAUUCUAAAAGUAAAAAAAGAAAAAUUAACAUAAGGAUGUAGGGUCGUCAAAAACAAGUUAAUUGAGGAAUUCCUUGAGUACCGACUGAUGGAAUUAAUUUAUUGAAAAGAUAUAUAAAAUUUUAACUCAGCCGGGUCUUUUUUGACCCAUGUUGCGCAUCAAAGGGUUAAUCUAGGGUCAAACACACGUAACACCGAGUUAAACACCCUCUCCAGAGAUGAAUGUUGUCGACCGCUUGUUUCUCUAGUUAUACCAACUUUAGUAACGACCGCAGGAUAGCAAUACAGAGAGCCACUCACUCAACUUAAUGCUCAGAACAGCACCUAACUUCAUCAACAGUACAUAUAGGGUCCCAGCCAUAGUACAAGCCACCAAACAUCUUUUUACCUUUGACUAAUUUCUUUAGCAAAAGGACUAAACACAACUCACCUACUCUCUUCCAGCAGCCGCUUGUUGGUAGCGAGACCUCAGGCCAGUCCAUUACGGAUUACAGCGGGGUGACGCAGCUCAAGGAAGAACAUUUAUGAUAAUUUCUUUGUCAUUUCCUUGAAGUAGUAAUCACAAUAUUAAUCAUUUUACACUGCAGACGCAGUAGUUCUUCUGCCUUACCCCCAAUUUCCACCUCAUCCUGAACAUCUAUGAAAAGGCCCUCCAAAACCAUCCAAGUUAAUGUAUUCCUAAUAUUUUCUUCCAGCAGCCGCUUGUUUGUAGUGAGACCUCAGGCCAGUCCAUUACGGACAACAGCGGGGUGAUGCAGCUCAAGGAAGAACAUUUAUGAUCAUUUCUUCAUGGAAGUACAAUCAGACCGAGACGCUAAGGCAGAAGAACUACCGCGUCUGCAGUGAAAAUGAUUAAUAUGGUGAUUAUAACUUUAAGGAAAUGAUAAAGAAAUUAUCAUAAAUGUUCUUCCUUGAGCUGCAUCACCCUCCUGUAGUCCGUAAUGGACUGGCCCGUUUGAUGACGGUUGAUGAAGUUAGGUGCUGUUCUGAGCAUUAUUUGUGGCUAUAGAGUGGUGUUUUGGUUGAGGUUUGUUUAUGGCUCCUCAGAAUGCUGUGUAUUGCUAUCCUGUGGUCGUUACUAAAGUUGGUAUAACUGAAGAAGCAAGCGGUUGGCAACAUUCAUCUCUGGAGGGGGAGUCUAACUCUGUAUAACUAUAAUUUAUGCCGGAAUAUACCGUUAAAACUGAGGAAACACUGCUCCACCUCUUCAGAUGUGGUGUUGUGCAUUCCUUGAACUCGCUGCUGUUUCGGUUCACGAUUGAGAAUGAGGCCUGUUGCAACAUCCUGGAAUUGAUAUCAUCUUCAAAAUAAGUAUAAUAACACGAGUUUAUAUGGUGGCGCAACAAGUCCAAAAACAGGGAGGAGAUGAUGAAGAAGAAGCAGCAGCAGCGACUAAGCUAUCUGUAGCAUUCACCCGGGAGAUGAUUUGACGCUGAUAAAUCCCGAUAUUUGAGCAUCUGAAAGCGAAAGAAUGAUGUCAUUACUGUAGUGUUUCAUGGCAACGAAAACUGAGAAUCUGGGUGACAUUUAGAGCUACGGAGUUCUGUGCGUAACAGCGGAGGGCGUGGUCUGUAAACCAGUCAGAAGCUGUAUUUGUGGUCAGCCGACAAGGUGCCAGUGCACCGGUCUCAUCAAAAUAUCUUUCCUCCACGUAGCCCUCAGCCAAAAAGUCUAUAUGCAGUGUAUAUGCAAACAGGUGGAUCCUAACGCUUCAUAGUCACUAGCCAGCUUCAGAGAAUCACCGGCCAUUUCAGCGGCAAAUGAUGAAAAUGCUUGUUGUUUAUUUAUUACGUUGUAAAAUUGGUUGGAGCAGCCUGGGGCAAAGCCAAAUACCCCUCCUCUGGUGAGUUUACACAUCUUUGGCCCUUGAUUCGCCAUUUCAGCUAACCUAAUGUGCUCUCAUUCAAUUGUCAAUACGCAGGCUUCACAAUCGAUCAUUUCACGAAGUGGCACUGCUUUAAGUUUCCCCGAAGUAUCGCUAAAAUGGAGCAUUUGUCACAGUAUUCUAGAAUUGUCUUAUAUUUUGAGAGUCAGGAAUACAGUGAUUUGUGAAGUCGAGAGGCAUUCUUAAAAUAAUGAUAACUUGGGUCAGUGUUUCAUGUCCUCUUCAAAGUCCAGUCAGAAGCAAGUAUAGAAACACUAAAUAUAGAGCUUUUUUUAGAAAAUAGAUUCAUCCCACUCAGCUCACUCUAGUAUGAGCAGAUCUGUGUUCUCGUCAUGUAUCUGUGACGGCAGCAUUUUAAGUUUUUUAAGGCUGACAAGUUUUUAAGAUGUUACAAACAUCGACUUUCAGAAUUGUUUUUCAAUCCAAACCACUUUCUGUAAACUUUAGUCUUUAGAAAUAUUAUUUUCUGGAGUUUGUCUCCUGAAAAGUCGGGGGUUGUAACAUUUUAUUUUUGGACUCUUUGACUUUCCUUACAGAGUGAAACUUGUUGUGAUUGAGAUAACUCAGUCAUACCUGAACUUUGACUUCAUUUGAUGCAUUUUUUUUUUUUUUUUUGAAAGAAGUGGCCCAGGAGGAGAAGAAAGGAGAAAUAACGCUAAAGGAGGCAUCAUAAACCUGUUUAAUAUCUGCUGCUGACCUUUGACCUUGGGCUCUCACCCCUGACACUUUAAGCGAGGAGAUAAAAACCUCACAUAAACGCUGUCUCCAGCACUCACACUGCUUCAAAAAACACAGUGCAUGCUGGGAUGCAGAGCCAGAUUAACUUUUAACAGUAAAGAGGGAAGAGAGUCAUAAAUUAGGCUCUCACAGGGGGGAGGAGAGAGGGUCAAAGGUCACAGAAGAGAUUACCUGCUUCUUAAAGUCUCAUAAGUCCUGGACAGAAUUAUAGUUGUAAUCAAUACGUGUGCAUUUAUGAGCAGGAUGUUUGAGUGAUAGUGCAGAAAACAGCAUUUUUUUAAUCCUCCAAACAGUCAUCCUUUUAAAGGUGGGGUAGACAGGAAUCUGUUAAAGAAGCAUCUUUUUUGGGGGUGUAUAAACAAAAAAUCUUUUAAUAGCAGUCAAUAAUUAUAAGUUAUUGAUGACAUUUGGGAAUAUCAUGAUAUCUCUGUGUUUUGUUAUGUCUGUGUAGUCAACAUUUUAACAUUUGAGCGGCCCGCUCUUUCUGACUGUAAAAAAGGCCAUUCUCCACCUCCCCGACCUGAUUGGUUGUGACAAUGUGGGACAGUAGAAACCAACCAGAAAGUACGUUGAUAUCAACCAGUUAAAGCAGCAGACUAACAACUCCCAUGUAACUGUACAGGGAUAUGUGCAUUUAGGCGACUAACUGAGUCAAAGUUAUCCUCCCUUAGUCGUCAACAGAAUAAACAGCAGUUACACUGAUCAUUAGUUUAGCACAGUGCUGGUUCAGGCAGGCCAAGAGUUCACAUCACCAUACUUCCUCUACAAACUUCAACUUUACUAUCCACUUCCUAAAAUUAAGUUUGUCUGUUUUUUGAGUUUUUUUCUGACUGUAAACAAAGCCGUUCUCCACCUCCCCAACCUGAUUGGUUGUGAGGCAGAUGCUGCUCCCCCGUGUCAUUCACGAGCCCAAACAAAGUUAACGUGCUACAAUAUCGGACAGUAGAAACCAACCAGAAAGUUCGGAAAAUUGUCUGAAUUCUCCUUUGGCCACGACUGCCAACACAAGCAAGAAAACGAAGUAGAUACAGGAGAUACAGGCAGAAUAACAGGCACUUGAAAAGAAGGUAGACCGGACAAGAGCUAAAAAGCCGGGUCAACAUAAACGAUGGAGGACGCUUUGGGAUCUUUGUGACCCUGUAACCUUUCUGCUGGACAGGUAAACCGCUUUAACAAAGUAAGCCAAGUGUCUGUAACAGAAGUGUUUCUUGUCAAAUGGGACCUGCUGUAGCGUGUUGUAGCACCGCUAAACUGUUGACCUCAGGUCCUGGACUAUGUCACUUAUCCUAGUUGUAGAAGUCCUGCUAACGUUGUGUUUGCUUGUAGUCUGUUUGCAUCUACAGUAGCACCAAUGCUUUUUACUUUCACGUUGACUGGGCUCCAUUUGUAAUUAUCUGAAGUAUUUAUCUGCAUUAUAUCUGAAUUUAAUUGGAACGAUACAAGUGAGUAGGAGCGUCUGUUUGUGGGCGGGGCUUGCUGGAACAGAGCGGGAGGGGAGAGGAGGAGCUGAGGGGAAAACUGGUUGGGAGGGGUAGAGUUUACAUUCAAGAUUUCGCCCAAAAACUGGAACUUCCUCAGAUCCUGACUACCCCACCUUCAACCACGGCCUAUCAAGGAGCCAAUCAGAGAUCACACCUCAAACGGAACGGGGUCCAAACUGUAGCCUUGAGGUUUGAAAGGAGGACAUCAAACUCGUCAACAUCCCUGGAUGUUGGGCUCUCCCUUUAACAAUUUUUUAUUUUCAGUUCUCACUUGAACAGCAGAUAUCGAUCAUGCUGUAAAGAUAUUUGAGAUUUUAAAAUCCCAGAAUGACUCUGAGGAGAUUUAUAUUUCAGUUUUACGUCACCAUCAUGAUUCAUGAGAAUAAAUCACAAAGUCGCAUAUGCAGAGCUGAGGUCAUCAGGACUGCUUCAUGCUCAAGAAAAAAACAUACAGACUGUGUGCUUCCAAACGGAGCGUUCUGAUUGGUCGUCAGAGCCCCCAAGCUUUCGUGCCUCUCUGGCUGUGUCACAGGUCUCCACACCUGCCGUGACAGCCGCUCUGUGCUCACUCUGAGGAGUCUUUGUGGACCACAUGGUGGUGUGACGUGACGUUUAGGUGAAGGUAGGCUAUGAACCAGUUUGAACCCACCUCUCUAACCUCAUAGGAAAACAUAUAUGAAACUGAAGGAGCUAUUAAUGAAUACCAGAGACUGUGUGUAUGGUAAACACCCCACCCAUCACUUCCUACCCCACCCACACACAAACACAUACAAGCUGUUUGUCGACUUUUCCACAGCAGGUUCUCCCACAGCUGCUGAGACCUGUUACAUCUGUGGUUCCUGGUCCUAUGAGGAAACGCUGGAUCUUUCCUUCGUCGGUCAUUGAAGACCUCUGCAAAGAGGAAUAACCCACUCACACUUGGAGACUUGGUUCAAACUCUCUUCAGAUGGAGUCUGUGUGGUUGGCCGUCGAGAUUUCCAUGCUCCUCACAGGUGGUUUUAUUUGAAGAAUGACAGCAAUUUUCCACGUUUUUAGAGGGAAUCCCUGCACGUCUCUAUUUUUACAUGAUGAUGAGAAAUGACUCAGCCGAGAGUGACAAAAACAGGCUGCAACAUAAUCCUGGAACCUGCUCCAAAAUCGUCCAUUGAAAGGUUUUGUUCUUGUCCCUGACAGGCUCUGGAUCACAACAGAAACACACCCUUCAGUUGAGAAGUUUGUUACACUGCCACCAAACUCCAUUCACAAAAACUGUCAUCUUACCUGACAUGGGGAUGAAAACCAAAAGACAUGCGGGACUUCCCUGCGCCGUGCUUUUGCGCUUGAAUGAGCGACUGUACCACACCCAAGUCCGCCCUCUCACAGCCGGGCAAAAGUAGAGGACCUCUGGCAGGGAACCGACCAAACAAAGUCAGGGCUUGAAGCAGAAAUUGAUUAAUAUUGGAAGAUAUUAAUGAUUCAUAACAAUAAAAGUUCAACAAAUUUUUAAAAAGGCACAUUUUCCUAAAACAGUUGUUGCAGUAUGAAGAGUCCCUUGGUGUGUUCAGUGAUUUUGGGGUCUGUACUGUAUAACAGCAGAGCCAUUGAUUUUUGUUUGCAUCAUCUUGCUCUUGUAUCAUAAUUUGCAGACGGUCCCUGCGCACUCAACGGCUACCGGCUGUGCAUAAAGAUCAGUAUUAUUUAUCCAGCUCGAAGAACGACUUGUUUUUGUAAAACAAAUCUUUUUUUGAUUCUUGUAGCUAGUAGUCUGUGCUAUUACGACAUGAAAGAGGCAUCAUCUGUUUUUUGACAAGGUUUAGUCUCAGCUUUAUUGAUCCCAGAAGUCUGAAUCUGUGAAUAUCUUUCCAACUUUACCAAACUUUUUCCCAUUGCUGCCAUAAAUAAGCUUUCUGGCGCACAACACACAAAAACAAGCACCAGGCUCUUUCAUUUUUGGCACCAGCUACCAUGAGGCUUUCCAUCUUUUCCAGCCUCUUCCAUCCAAGCCCAGCUUCCAAUAUCGCCGUUUCUUCUCCUGAAUUGAUGUACCUGGUAUCCAUUGUUUCAGAUUUGCUGUUUGCCGCUUGCUGAUGCGUCUCUUUCUUCUUCCGCUCUUCUUCUUCUCCAGCAGGAUGUACGCUAUCCAGCUGUCCUCUACUGGUCAUAUUCAGAUCUAACCAACUAGGUUUUUUUUUUUUUUUGUUUUUUUUUACAUGAUUUAGAAAAAAAAUCCUGAGCUGGAUUUCCGGCACCAUGGUGGAGGUCUUCAAGCCCUGCAAAAUGGACUUUCAGGGUCAUUAGGGGUCAAAUUUACAGAGAAAGAUGAUCAUUACUGGAACCAACUGUAGUGACCCUGGAGCUUGUCGUACCUUUUGGUCAUUUGGACCCAAAAUAAAGGACCCAAGUCCCCUCUAAGUUUACAGACAAAGCUGAAAAAACCCCACCCUUCAAUAUGAGUAACAAGUGCAAUAUACUUACAACUGCCACUGCUGCUUUGUUUGAAUGCAAUAGUGCAAUAUAUUACCACUGCUGCUAUGUGAAUCCUACCUCAAUAUUGUAUAUAAACAUAUAUAUAUAUAUAUAUAUAUAUAUAUAUAUAUAUAUAUAUAUAUAUUUAUUUAUUAAUAUACAUGUAUAUUAUUAUUAAUAUUUAUCCCCCUUCCUAUUCUUGUAUUUUGUUUCAUUUUCAUUGCACUGUCUAUGCUGCACUAGAGGAUAUUUUCUUGUAUAUAGUCUGUAGUCUGUACCUAUUUUUUUUUUUUUACAACCCUUUUUGUACUUUUCAUUCGGUCUCUGUUUUCUUUUUUUUUUUCUUUUGUAUCUUUUGCACUGAAAAUGGAGAAGCCCUCCAAUCUCGUUGAACCGUCUGUAUGAUGACAAUAAAGGGCAUUCUGAUUCUGAUUCUGAAACAUCCUGCUGUCUUAAAGGAUAAAGAGUUGAUAGUUUGAAUCCCUGCGGUGACCUCUUAUCUGUUUGAUGGGGCAGGAAGUGUCAGCUGGGUGACCUGACAUCUUGUCCAGAGCUCUGAGCAGCAGUGGCGGUUUUAGGAAGGACCAGAUUACAGAGACAGCAGCACGCUCUCACACCGACCCCUGGUCUGAUAUGAUGUGGAAUAAAGUGGAAAACUUUGACAGUUUCUAUCCAGACUGUAGAUCCACAUCCACUCAUGAAUCUGCGGCAGCAAGUCUGUCCUGUAGCUCUAAAACUUGAUGGAUCCAGAGCUGCGGCGUCAGUCCUGGUUUCACGGUCCUGUGGUCUCGGUUACUUUUAUAACUGAGUCCAUCCCUCUCUGACAGAGAAACUUAAUACAGAGCUUUACAUCAUGUCCUGUCUGCUUUUCACAACACAAGUCAGAGUUAAUGUCGCUCUGACACGCGUGUAAUAGAGUCCAUACGUUUAUCUGAGCGCCUCUGAGCUGCUGAGGCCUCUUACUUCACAAAAACCCUCAGAGGAGAGGCCCUCCUGGGCUCCGGACUCCAGCAAGAGUCUCCAUUUGUCAGGAGAUGUUUAAGUCAACAAAAUUUACAAUGUCAGCUCGGUCAGUGACUUUUUUCUUAAAGAUAGGAUUUUCUUUAGCUACAUCCCCGAGGUUCACAAAAAAACAAAGCAGAAACCUAAAAGUAACCGAUUUAUUGAUUUGUAUUUCUUCUGUUGUUGAAUGUUAGUGAUGAUGGCAGUUCUUUUAGAUGUACUGAAUCACUACAAUCAGUUCACUAAAAUGAUUCAUACAAAAGAUUCAUUCAUUGAAUCACUGAAUCAUUCAGUGCUUGGCAGGAGGAGCCUGCGACUUCAACCUCCUGAACUGAUGCGCAGCUGAAAGGUUCAGGAUUUAGUUCAAUUCAUAGCUUCUGUUACUGGGAGACGAGAGUGUUUGGCUGUGUUGCUUUGGCAAACAGGUUUGUAAAACUGAACUUGUUUAUAAGUCAUGAUGUUUUAAGUGUACUGUCCUAUGGUAUGCUAUUUAUCAGGUCUGCUCGUGAUUGGGCUCAGUUAGUGAUUCGUCACUGAACUUUUAGAAGAAUUCAAACUGAACAUGCACAGUUCCCUCGCAAACCGCUGCAAUGACAGGAUGCUGCGGGUUUUAUGCACUACCUUGUUACAUGCUGUGUCCUGUUUUAUGCAAAUUGUUUUGCAGUUUCGCAAUUUCGCAGUUAAAAAAAAUAUGUAGUUUUGUUUGACCAAAAAUGAUUCCAGAGUGUGUAGUUGAAUGCAUGAUUCGUUCACCAAGUGAUUCAGGCGUUGGUGCAUGCGCUCCCUCGUUCGACGGCUGCUCGCCUGGCAAUGCUGCGUGCUAUAGCAGCUGUGCUUCUGACAGCUCAACUGAAGUGAGAAAUGAACAAAUUACUUGAGGAAGUGAUUGGGUUCAGUAGUUCACUUAAAAGAUUUGGUUCUUUUGAACAAAUCGUUCGCGAACGACACAACGCUAUUGAAUGUUGGUUGAUCACCUCGUUUUUGUCCCAGUUGUUGCUGGUCUCCUAACGAAGGGAUCCCCUGAGGUUAAUACACAUCCUUCUGACAAGUUCCUGAUACAACUUUUAUCUCUUUUACCUCUAUCUCAUUUCGACUUACUGUCUUUUUAGCUUUUGUUUUACUUAUAAUCUUUUCCUAUUUAACCUUUUAGGCCUUUGAUUGAUUUUAUUGUUUUUGUCUGCUCAUUUUUGUCAUUCCAUUUUAUCAUUACUAUGAUCAUCAUUAUUACUUUGUUAUGAUUUUUACCAGUUUCCUGCUUUCAAACCCCUUUUUUAUUACAUUUCUUUUUCUUACCAAUUUCAUGUUUUUAUUUCGGUCUCAUGGUCUCAUUUUAUGAUGUAGGGUUCUUGUAUUGUCUGGGAUUCUUAUGAGAAACAAAAUUGGCCUUCAAUUUCAGAGGCCUGUUGUUUUUUAUUUGUUUUUAUUUCCAUGUGCUGAUGCUUUACGACUGCUUGUCAAAGCACUUUGUAAACCUCUGUUUUUAAAAGUGCUAUAAAAAUAAAAUUAUUAUUAUUAUUAUUAUUGUUAUUGUUAUAACAACCCCCCCAAAAACAAAAAAAUCAUAAACAAAAACAGAGUUAUUCCUCUGAGGGUCUUUUCCUGUUAGUAUUAGUCGCUAAAAGAGAGCGAUAAAGCAUGUUUGUGGAGAAGUGGUCUUUCUUCUGACCUGUCCUGACUCUGCCUCGCUCACAUUUCCACUGUAAUACAUUGUAAACUCUUUUUCUUCUGUCUCUUCUCUAUUUCUGUUAUCGCUCCCUCGGGUCUUUGUCAGACUUUGAGGCUUCUGCUGUUUCACACUUCAUUUAGUCCUCAUGCUGAAGGAGGUUUGUGAGGGUCAAGUGACUCUCCAGCUUCGUCAUAAAUACCUGACAACAACAGGCUCAAAGCAGCAGGACGUCUGUCCGAGUGUCUUUGACUUUGUUCAUUCACUCAAAACUUAUUCACAUAAGUUUGUCCCAUUCUUGACCAAUGGAGGAUUUCAACAGGACUGCAUCAGUCUAGUUUCUCAGCAGGACUCUUCUCCUAAAAAGUCCUGGUCUGGAUGGCAGCAGAUGUUGCUCUUUAACCUGCAGAUAUUGUCUAAAACUAAGGAUGCAGCAUUUAUUAUUUCCAGUUCUACAUUGAAAGACAACUGGAUUUAGUUAAGACGUUUCGCCUUACCCGGUAGUUCUUUUGCCUUACCCCCAAUUUCCACCACAUCCUGAACGGAUACGAAAAGGCCGUAUCUGCCAAUCGGGGCUGAUCUUAACCAUCCAAGUUAAUGCAUCAAUUUCCACCGGCUUCUUUCCGUUGUGGAUCGCCUGACUCCGCAGCUGAUUACAAGAGUUCUAUUUUUUUUCGGACGCCGGAGCAUGCCGGAUAAAUUCAUCACACAUUAACCCGUGCUGGAAAAGAAGUCGGGCACAAUAAAUAAAACACUCUGUGUUUCAGGAGGAUAGUAUCUCACACCAUGCAAAUAGGCGGAGACGAACAAGUAAAAGGUUUUUAGACGUCAUUUCACCCCGAUGACACCAUGGAUGAGGAGAUGCUGAUUCUAGAAGUCUAGAAGUAGAUUUCCUCCUCUGGAAGGACACAAUCUGCUGCUUAAAUUUCUAUGUGUCUGUCUUUAUAGAGACAACUUGUUAUAGCGCGAUUGCACGUGAAUCUGUCAGUUCUUGUGAGUUCUCGCGAUUCCUGCUGUCCAUAAUCCGCCACGAAAUUCGCCUCUGGUAGGAUUUGUUAUACAGAAAAAAUCGCAGCCGUUCCGGAUCAGAGCCGUUCCGGAUGCGGUGUAAAUUGGGGGUGAGUUCAUGGAGUGAUUCCCUCUCCAGAGUCCUGUCUGUUUUUAACGCCCUGAAGAUCAGGACCAUCCAGUCCUGGGUUUGGUCCUUGUCCCCCUUUAGUACAGAGAUUUCUCCAAAUCCUCUGAAUCUCUUUGUUGAACUGUUUGCUCACGCGGUCUCUCACAGUCCUGAACCUCUUUCAGCCUCUCUGAAGCUCCGUUUUAGACCCAGUCAUGUUGGAGAUGUUCCUCCAGCUGUGUUUCAGCCCUUUUUCAGUCCUUACAUGCUCAGAGUCACUUCACUGAACACAGAGAGGAUGUUUAGAUGUCUGAACCUUUUAAAAGAGUUUGUAGAGGAGGUCAAAGGUCAUACAAACAUCAGUCUAAUGGACCGCACUACCGCGCAGAACUACUUUUCUGCUGUCGAGGCUAAAAAAACUGAACAUCUCCAAACAUGGAGUGGAAACUUUGAGGCUUGUCUUUGUCAUGAGGAGAUUUGUUCUUUCCUGGUAAAUGUGAUUGUGUCAUGGUCAGAGUUUGCCAGUACACUGGAGAUCUGAAGAAAGGUUUCAAACUCGCUGAAUUAAACAGAUUUGUGUUCAGUGUGUGACUGAUGAAGCGUCUGCAUGAGGCCUGACAGUAGUAUUCAGUGUUGGAAGACUCGAGCUGCCUCUGCUGUUUGCUCUCCCUCCUGUGUUUGUUUUCUCUGACCUCUCUGCUGGUUAUGAAACACUCAUACGUUUUCUCGUUUGCAUCCCGCCAGAAAAUAAUUGUUUCAGUUUUCCACAGAGCUGACGGACCCUGCUGCCUUCAGCCACGAGAGUGUGAGCUCUUUAAAGAGAGGUGGAUGACAGGAGUCCUGUUUUGUCCGAAGGACUGGUAUCCCUCUGUAUUUGGGGGGUCAAGGUUCAUGUUGGACUACAAUCUUCAGCAUUGUGUUGGAUUGUAACAGAUUAAUCUCAAACUUGUGACUCUCUCUACAAAAGUAAAGACUAUGAAGAUGUAAAAAACGAAGAAAAGGUGGCAGAUACUAUGGCUGGGACCCUAUAUGUACUGUUGAUAAAGUUAGGUGCUGUUCUGAGAAUUAUUUGUGGCUAUAGAGUGGUGUUUUGGUUGAGCACUUGGUUCUCUGUAUUGCUAUCCUGCGGUCGUUACUAAAGUUGGUAUAACUAGAGGAGCAAGCGACUGCAACAUUAAUCUCUGGAGGGGGUGUCUAACUCGAUGUUAUGGUGUGUUUGACCCUAAAUUAAUUUUACGUUGGAAUUUCACUUUAAUGCCAAAAGUUUGGAAUUAAUUAGCUGUCACGUCACGGCGAUACAUCCAUGUUUUAUAAAGUCCAUGAGUGUAUGAAGAAUUCAAACAUGACCUGACAAAAAGCUUAAAGGAAAUUUUAAACAUGUCAUAAUAUGACAGUUUGUCAAAUCUUACAAUAAUAACUUUUAAUUCUUUUAAUUCUAACCGCAUUCAAACAACUUAUUAACCGCAAUAAGGACGAAAAGUUUCUUAGACUUGAGUGAGCAAAAUUCUGACUCAGCAAAUACCCAAACCCGUUUUAUCUCCACAGUGUUUGGAGGAAUUGUCGAGUUUGGCAUAAAUUUAUCAAAAACAGAAUACUAAUAUAUUUAUCUAAUACCACAGGCAGUCCAGCACACACAGGUACACACACACACACUCACACACAUACACACUCACACACACUCCCUGCUGAGCAUCAGAAUAAAUGUUUGAGUGCUUGUGUUUGUGUUGGCCUCACUGGGCGUCCUGCAGUGAUAUCUGAUAAUCAGAGGUCGGGUGGAGUCCUGCAGCUCGCUGUGGGAUCACAGAUCAACUCAGACCCAACAGCAGAGACACACUUUCACUGCUCUUGUCUCCACCCAAAGAUUUGUGUGUCUUCUCAGACACAGUUUGAUCUAAACGCCUGUAGACCUGCUCGUACCGCAGAUAUGGCUCCAGGUUGUCAAAGGGAGGGUAAGGGCCUGACCGGCUGCAGUUUUUGACACUUUCAGAUCCUGAUUUCUAGACAAACCAACUCUAGCCUUUCUGCAAGCUUACCUUCUAACCCGAGUUAGCUUUGUAAAUGAUAAACGUUUGUCUUAGACCUUUAUUUUUGAAGCUCUACAGCCGCCUUACACGGGCAGGUGCUUCACUUAUGAUUUGAACGCCUCCUGACAUUGUAGGUGAGUGGAAGGUAAAUGUAGAGUAAAAUUCUUACAGAAGCAAAAAAAAAUUAAUUGAUGCAAAAAUGUUGUCUGGUUUGAGCCCUGUCUGUUUUGUCAUGUCUUUGAAGUUUGAGUCAGACUGAACAGAUCCAGUAGAAAAGCAGAAAUAUUGAAGACUGUCUUUGGAAGCCUAUGGGGAAUAUUUUUCAGUCUAUUUGUAGAAACUCUUAAGAAAUCUGCAAUCACUUUGCAUUGCUUUGAAUAUGUGUAAGGAUAUGUUAAAAUCUAAGAAGACAAGAAAUUAGCUGCAUUAAAAAGAUUUUCUCCUCACAGUUUUAACAGAGUACCAUUUUCUGUCAUUUGCUCAUUAAAUUCAUAUUUGAUUUUUAAAAAACUCAAACUCAUGGUUUCCAGCUGAAUGGACAUUUCUGUAACUCCAUGGAAAAUGGGUCCCUGAAAGAUUUUUUUAUGACAGAGAAUUAGGGCCACAUAAAGAAAGAAAAAAAAGACUUCGUAAUUACUUACGAGAAUAAAGUUGUAAUAAAAUCAUUAUUUAGUAGUACUGAUUUUAUUACAGCUUUAUUCUCGUAAAUAGUGAUUUUAUUAAGACUUUAUUCUCGUCAAUACUGAUUUUACCACGACUUAAUUCUCAUAAGAAAUUAUUUUAUUAUGACUAUAUUCUUGUAAAAUUUGAUUUUAUUAUGAUUUUAUUCUUGUAAGUGAUAAUUUAAUUACGACUUUAUUCUCUUGGGAAAUUAUUUUAUUACGACUUUACCGCGUAAGAAAUGAUUUAAUUAUGACUUUAUUCUUGUAAAUAAUGAUUUUAUUACAACUUUAUUCUUGUAAGUAAUGAUUUUGAUACGACUUUAUUCUUGUGAAAAAUGAUUUUAUUACGACUUUUGUCUCGUGAAAAAUGAUUUUAUUAUGACUACAUUCCCGUAAUGAUUUUAUUACAACUUUAUUUUCGUAAGUAAUGAUUUUAUUACAACUUUAUUCUCAUGAAAAAUGAUUUUAGUACAACUUUUGUCUCGUGAAAAAAGAUUUCUUUACGACUUUAUUCUAGUAAGUUAUGAUUUUAUUACAACUAUAUUACCGUAAGAAAUUAUUUUACUUAGACUUUACCCCAUAAGUAGUGACAUGAAUACGACUUUUAUUCUUGUAAAUAAUGAUUUUAUUACAACUUUAUUCUCAUAAAUAAUUCUUUUAUUACGACUUUAUUCCCAGAAGAAAUUCCGAGGUCUAAAAUCUUUUAUUUUCCCAAUGUGGCUCUAACGCUCCAUCGUAUUUUUUUAUAAGCUUAAGGAAGAAUAAAAACACAUCGGAACAAAAUCCUAUCUGAAGAUCUCAUAAUUCAUGCAUGAGAGGGUUAAUUUUUUUUAUGUUAUUUGGAUUCAAAGUCAUCCAUGAAACCCUGAAUCAGACGCUAAAUUUCGCCUCCUAUACUGCUGCAGCAUCAAACACAUGGUCUGUCCUCACACUCCGAGAAGCUGUUUAAGGACACACAGGUGACGACACACACACACACAUGCACAAACACACACUUCCACACACCUGGCCUGUAAAGUCGUGGUCCUGUUUACUCUCCACACAGAUGGACCUGAGGAAUGCGGUCCCAUCUUCACUCUGCUCUGUGUGUGUGUCUCUGAUCACACACACACACACACACGCACGCACGCACGCACGCACGCACGCACGCACGCACGCACGCACGCACGCACACACACACACACACACACACACUGCUGAUGUGUUACUCACGUGUAGUGUUUCCAUCAUAAACAGCUGAUUGUGUUUACAGCUGUCACCUACAAAAUUUGACUUUUUUUGACUUCUCACAAGCUGGAACCGUUGUCCCGGUCCGGGUCAGAUACAGACCAGUCAGGUAUCAGCAGGUUUUGAUGUCUGUAUGGAGAGCAAAAGCAGGAGGAGAACAGCUCAAAUGAAACAGAGACUUCUGUCUUCUGAUGUUACUUCAGCAAAUUAAAGACCCAGAUGAGGAUGCAGAGUAUCUGGUUUGGUGUAAUGUUUGGGAAAUGUGCUUGAGAAAAUACCUGAAAUAUCGUCACACCAGUGUCAGUUACACUCUAGUUUUCAUGAUGCAACAUUUUCUGUUUCUAUAUUCUGCAGGAAAAGUCUAAAUGUUGAGGUCCCUGUAGCUCUGGUAUGAAAACAUUCGAGUAAAAGUUUAGACUGUGAUGAAAUGUGAUGACUCCAGUCCAGUACAGGGACUUCAGAUCUGUACUUUAGUUCAGGACUUGGUGUUAAUGGAGCAUUAAACUCCAGCUUGCUGCAUCAUUUCUGCUGCUGCAGAGUCCUCUCACCCCCCUCCUCCUCCUCCUCCUCCCUCCCUCCCUCCCUCCCUCUCUGCUUCAGCUUUUUUCCUCUUUAUCUCAUCAUCUUCAUCUCCUCUCCUCUUUUCUCAUUUCACACCUCAGCUGCUCCUUGCUUCCUACAGAGAAACACUCAAAGUUUUCACCCCGUUCAAAAAGGACAAAUCACAGCUUUCUCCUCUCGCUCCUCCCACUUAUCCCUGCAGACCCCCCUUGUCCCGUCCUGGUAUGCGUAAUGACUAUUUUCAGGCAGGGAGGGGUAAUCAGAGUCAUGUGUGUGUGUGUGUGUGUGUGUGUGUGUGUGUGUGUGUGUGUGUGUGUGUGUGUGUGUGUGUGUGUGUGUGUGUGUGUGUGUGUGUGUGCUGCAGAGUUAUUCUGCUGACUGCAAGAACUGCACCUGGCAGAGGGGCAGGAGCAUCAGCACUUUGGGAUGGUGAAUGGAGAUAAGGGUGGAGGUGGGGGUGGAGGCGGACAGGGUGGAGGGGUAGAGGGGUGAAAGAAGAAUCAAUCCAAGUGACCACAUUAAACUCACACACACUUUGAACUCACACACAGGAUCCAUAAGAGACACACAUUCACUUGUAUGGCAGAAUGGCCAGAAUUAAAACCAGAUCGAUCAACCCGUAUUUGUUUAAAAUUUUGAAUUUUGUUCCCAAAAUGUUUGCCGAAUUGACCACGAUAAAGUCUUGUUUAUGCUUAACCAAUUAAUAUAAGAAUAACUGACACUGAAUUACUUUGACGAUAGAGAAAAUGUAAAAUUUUGAUUUUUCUUGAGCAGGUUCUGCAGCAUUAAAAGGUGUCUAUGAUUUUUGGUUAGUUUACAAAAAUUAUUGGUAAUGAACAAAUAUUUUUACUCAAAGUCAAGCUUUAGAUAGAAGAAAAUUUUUGAUGCAAGUGUGUUUAAUAUAUCACAAAAGCGAACAAAAACACACCUUUUUAUGGAAGGCCAUGAAUGCUGACAUUAAACCAAAUCUGAACAAAAAGAGGUGGUUGUCAGUGUGGUUUUAUUAAAUGUUUUCUUUUUAAUUUGGUGAUUUAUUAUGUUUAAAAGUACACUGAAUAAAUGCUGAAUUAACCACUUCUAUGGAAGUCCAAAGUGGCCAUUAUCCAAGUUCACAUGUUGAUCCUAAAAAGCACCCCCCCCCCCCCCCCAAAAAAAAAGGUCAUCAGCUGUUUUUCUCUUUUUAGUAACCUUUAAGUUUAGAUCGUUUCAUUAAUUAAAAAAUUACGCAGCACUGGAUUUUUUUCUAGAUAGUGAAAGAAAUGUCAAAAUUUUUCCAGCAAGUUCUGCAACCAUAGGUAAUUUUUUAAAAUUAAGAUUGUACAUAAGGAAUUUAAAUCACAGUGUGGUCGUGAAACAGGCUUUUGGAUUUAAAUUUUCACAAAUAGGUUAUAAGAAUCAGAAAGACAUUGCUGUAUGGAAAGCCAAGGUGGACAAUAUUUUAAUUAGCUAAUUUUUUCCAAAUGAGCCAAAUCAGAUCUUUGAUAAGCUGUUUUAUUGAGUCUGUGUUUGUUCACAUUUUGGCAUGUAUUCUCUAUGCUAAGUGUUCCUGUUUACAACAUCUCUGGGUGCAAAAUAAAAAAGUAGCUUUUCUUUGUUACUUUUUUUUAGGGAUAGUUUCUAAGCAGUUACAAAGAUUUAUUAGAAUUUGAUGUGGGUCAAAAAUGAAUCAAUUCAAAGUCACACCUUUUUUAAAUAAUGAAAAGCAAGUGUCAUAUCUGUAUGCUUAAAAAUGACAAUAUACUGCUGUAUGGCAGGCCAAUUGGCCAAUAUUAAAAUCAACCUAUUCAAACAGGUGAUGGGUUGUUCUGUUGAACCUCCCCUUCUGAAAGUAAAACACAUUAUUGAUAAUAAUUGACAUUUUUUUUAACUAAUUUUUGACUCAGACUUCAGUUUACUUUUGGCUGCCCUGGACUCCCAUAAAACAAAUCCCUGAAGCCGUAGUCAAAUGGUGAAUCCCUCUCUGUUCAGGAUGAGUUUGUAGAGGACGGGCUGCAGUGUGAGUGUGCGUGGAUGAAGCCUGUGGUGUGUGUGUGUGUGUGUAUGUGUGACGCUGCACUGUGGCACAGUCUCCCUCUGAAGUUGUGGACUGUCAGUGUCACCGGGACAUGCUGCCUCCUCGCUCUGCUGGAUGACAGGAAACAUUUUCUGCACAGUAUGUAAGCUGACUGGUCUAACAUUGAUACGUGUGUGUGUGUGUGUGUGUGUGUGUGUGUGUGUGUGUGUGUGUGAGUGAGUGUGAGUGUGUAUGUGUGUGUGUUGUUGGGCUUGUGUUUAUUGACAUCUGCAGUGUGAAGCUUUAUUCAGGACAUCUGGUUUGUGCAGUACAGGUUUAUUAUGUCGUACAUACAGGUUUUUAGAGCGACUGCAGAUUUGCUCAGCCGCUGGGCUGCAGGCUGUUCUGCUCUCCUGCAGAUAUUACAGAGGGGAAACAGCACUGCAGAUAGAGACAUUGGGUCACACUGCUCUAAAAGCAGUGACACAGACUCGGGGUUUAAGGCAGAGAAAAAACAGAGGAUGUGUGUUUCAUUCAGCAUCUCGAAGAUAAAGACGUAAAACAUAGAUCCUUCAACUGUGAUUCAUUUUCUUCCUUAUUUCUCUUUUUUUCUUGACUUUUUUUACCUUAAUCUAAGAUUCGAGCUCAGGUCAAAUCUCCUCUAAUCUGAUGUUUAUUUUCUACACAAACCUGAUACAGAAAGUUAAACCGGACUCUAAACAGUUAAACUUUAGUUUUUUUGACAUUAACAGUUAAUAAAAUAAAAAAAAUUAACAAAAAACUUUUCUUGGCUGUUAAAUGUAUUUUUGAUAUUUUAACCAAACUUCAAACCUUUUUAUUUCCUCAUUCCUCAUUUUCAAACAGUUGCAGAUAAAUUAAGUCAUUUUUUUAUUUUCUUUUGUGUUUUUUUUUUUUUUUUUAACUGUAUUUUUACAAGAGUGGAAAGAAAUCUCCUCUACGGUAUCUCUAGCAUUGUUGGUUCUACAUUCAUAAUUUUGUUAAUUUUUCUGAACCUUUUUUAGUCUAAUCAUGUAAUUUUAAAGGCAUUAAGGUCUGUCAAUUUCCCACUUUUUAAAAAAAUGUUCUUUGACAGUUUUUACUUUUUGUUUAAGAGUAACUUUUUAAAACAUCUUACAAAUGUGUUUUUCUUCAUAUUUUACUUUUUUUUCAGUUUUUCAUUCAUUUCAUAUUUUUUUAAAAUUUAUUCAGAUUUUUUAUUUCAUUUCUGUUUUAUUUAUUCACUUUUUGUCUGUUUUUAUAUUUCUUAUUGUUUAUUUAUUUAUCUAUUAUUACUUGUUUAUUGUAUUUGUUUAUCUUGUUUUUCUUAUUUAUUUCUUUUGUUAUAUUACAAUUUAUUUUUCAUUUUUAAACUUUUUGUCUUAUCUGCAAUUUUUUUUAACUUUUUCAACUUUUUUCAACCAUUUUAUCACUUUUUUGGAUGUAUUUAUUUGUUCUUUUAUACCUCAAAUCCUUUUUUUCUUUUAAUUUCUAACUGUAUGUGCUUGUCUUCAAUAUUUUUCUUCUGUGUAUUUACAUUACUGGUUUAUUUUUCUCUUUUGUACCUUAGAUUUUUUACUUAAAUGUCCACAGAUCUGUCACUUAUUUGGUGUUUCUUUCCUAUUUUAAAACACUUGUCAUCACUGAAUAUAUACAUUUAUGUAUUUUACAGGCAUAAUAUAGUAGAGGCAUAAACUUUUCUUUAUUUUUAACCUUUUUGUACUUAAUAUACAAAAUUUUGGUUCAAUUUUACUAAUGCAAUAAUGAUAAAGGAAGGAUUUAUUUUCCUAAAACAUUCAGUUAUACUCAGUUAUGUUUUAUUUUAUUUCAUUUAGUUGAUGUCGUUUUGCAGAAAAUGUCAAACAGAUAAAUGAAUAGAUUGAUAAAUACAUAAUAUAUUGCCUGGUCCUGAUGCUCUCUCUUACUGAACCACAGGAUGGCCCCCCCCCCCCUCCCGACACUGACAGUCUAACCCCCCCCCCCCCUUACUCUCUGUCUCUGCAGUGACCGGCCCCUCAGUCUGGUGAGUGAAGAUGAUUCCUGUCUUGAUCUGGGCUCUGAUCUCUCUGAGUCUGGCACAGAACGACUUAGACACUCUGUUCCCUGAGCUGGAGCACUCCAGGACCAUCUAUGUCACCGGUGAGUCCCAUGUCUUAGCUCGUCUGUUUACUGUGCUGCUGUCAUAACAGAGUCAAACUGAGAGGAUUCUCUGAGUUUCGUUCUUGACGCUCUCUCUCUCCCCUGUCGUCUUUUUCCUGGUUUAUCAGCUCGUCCUGUGGCUGCGGCUCGCUGAUAGCGCUAAUAUGUGGGGAUAAUUAACUCGCUGAGAUAGAGUUAUCUUAUCUGAAACUCUGUUUUAACAUGUUGAGAUUUUAGAUUGUGUAAGAAAAACACAGCUGAGGUCCUGUGAAUGAUACUGCUUUAAAUCUAUCUGCUGAUCUGUAUGUGCUCAGCUGACUUUGUUUUUGACCCUGUUCGACCCUCUUAGCUUCACAGAAAGUGACUAUUUCACUGAUAAACGAACCAAGUAUCAAGAAAACUGUGAGAGAAAUCUGCAGGUGAUUUAACAGGUGGAUGGGUAUUUGUUGAUGCGAACUGGGAAAGGAAAGACAUGAGCCUGACAUGAGAAACAAACAGCAGUUUGAUGAUCCAUGAAAAAACGCGGACUGCUCCUUUAAAGUUCAACUGCACAGAACAUGUGAUCAAUGAUCCAUUAGGGUAAUUGAUAUGUUCCUGCUUAUACAGCAGAGAAAACCGCUGCAGUGUUUAAUCAGUUUGGUGGGUAAAAGGAUUUAAACUAAUAGUCACCGUAGAGAUUAUCAAUAUAAUUCACCUUGAAGAGACGGCACAAUAAGAGCUGAAGAGACAGGAAAGAAAAAGAGAAUUAUACUAGAAAUAAAGUUAGCUGCUUAAGUCAUUAAGUCAUUUUAGGGUCACCUCUCAGUGAGAAAGAGGUCUAAACUAUAUUUUUAUUCACAUUUUGCUCAGUUAAGUCCACAAUGUGCAGUUUUCAUGCAGCUGUGUAGCACCUUCCAGUCACAUCUAUAAGUGGUGCCAACAGAAAGGUCUCAACAUUGGGUUGUAUAGACUGAAUGUUGCAGUGAUUAUGUUGUGUUGUGUUGCAGAAAAUGGCCCCCGCCUCUCAGUGACAGCAGAUCCGUCAAAGGUCGUGACCAGACGAGGAGGAAAUGCGACUCUGCCAUGCAGGAUCCACAGGGACCAAUCACUGGCACCGAAUCGAAAAAUGAGGAUUAAAUGGACCAAGCUGACUUCAGACUACUUGAAAGAGGUCUACUAUGAGUCUACGAUCUACUAAAUGUGGUUUAAAAUGUCUCUCAAGAACUUCAAGAUUCAAGAACUUUAUUGCCAUUUUGACAGAGUCAAUAGGAAUUUGUCUUGGUUCCCUUCUCCACAACAUCCAUCAAACAAACAUAUCAUUACAUCAAAAACAAAAAACACAAAACAAAAAAGUAACCAGCAGCAAGGAAGUGCAAACAGUUGUUACAAAGUGCUAUAUGCAUAUUGCACAUGUACAGUACAUGCAUUUAAUGCUGUCCUAACGACUCAUGAGCUUGUUCAGAUGUCUGAUGGCUAGAGGGUAAGUGCUGUCACUAAAGCGAGUGGUAGAGCUCCCGAUGCUUCUAAAUCUGCUACCUGAUGGGAGGAGAUUGAAGAGGUAGUGUGCAGGAUGAGAAUUAUCCUCUAUGAUUUUUUUGGACUUCUUUAUAAUUCUCGAGUUAAACAGUGAUGAGAGUGAGGGGAGGCUACACCCAGUGAUUUUAGAUGCUCGGCAUACUACUCUUGCUAGGCGGGUCUUGUCCUGAGAGGUUGUGUGACCAAACCAGACAAGCAUUGAAAAAGUCAGCACACUUUCGAUAGUAGCCUUAUAGAAGUGAAUCAUUGCUGCUUGGCUAACACUGAACACCUUGAGCUGCCGCAGGAAGUAGAGUCGCUGGUGGGACCUGCUGAUUAUAAGAUUGGCGUUGAGAUCCCAUGAUAGGGAUUCUCUGGAUGCUUACAAAAAUCACUGCAUCUCAAAAUAAGAUGUAGCAUUUGGCUGCUAGGCUAGUUAGCGAGUUUCAACCUCCUUUAAUAUGGCUUGUGGUUUAACAGAUGUUAUAGUAGCCAACACUUGACAGACCAAAUUAUCUUAACGUGAGCCCAUAUCAGCCAACAUCUAGCCUGAUUGCCUUCUACACCUCCUUCCUUUGCCAAUCACUUUCCAACCCACCUCCAGCCCAGCUCCUCCCUUUUUAUAUCUGACCUUGGCAAGGACAUUUGGACUGAAGUUGAUGUCUGCUGUACUAUUCCCUCAGGGGUCUUUGCUGCUGCUCAACCAGCCUUGGUUAAUGGGUGUGCGUGUGCCUCUCUAUUCCAUGAGUACCCUGCUGUUCCAUGUGUCUUUGUGGAUUGCUAAAGACUGAAGCGAGGAGUGCACACCUUGCCCCGUUACAUGCAGUAUAUACAUAUAUGACAAGUCAAGGCAGGUAGAGCAGCAGCAAAGACCUCAGGAACUGAACACAGCAGGAAUCACUCAGUACGUUUACAUGACACUACAGAAAAACGAAUUAUUGCCUUACUCCAAUUAAGACCAGACAACUGAAGGGCAUGUAAAUGUUACACCCCUACACAGCAUGCUGCGAGGGGAGAGGUGGAAAGAACGAUGGACAUGUUGCUGCUGGCUUUCAUUCAACAGAUAUAAUAUAAUAACGUUCCAUGCAUCUGACCGAACAGCUUCUCAUACACAUACACAUUAGCAACACUAGCAUUAGCAUAGCAGUACGGACGCACGCAUCACAAACUUUACAUAUUCUUCAUAUGACCACCGAACACAUGCACACACAUAAAUACAUGAUUUGCGACAACACAUGAACAGGUUUGUGUGCAGUUUUGCUAACUUAUAUUACCUGCAAGGGGAGAGGCGGAAAGACAGAUGGACUCACUGCUGCUGGGUUUCAUUCAACAGAUAAAAUGAAGAGCUGCAAGCAACAUGCUCCUCCUGCUGGCUAAAACCAGAAGUGUCAAACAGGCCAUUAUAAAUAUGCACUCGCACUUUAGUAUUUAAUAUAUUUUAAAGACGACCUGAACUGUAGACAAUAUCAACUCUUUUAAAAUUUAUGGCAUUUUUACUAUUGUUAACAUUUUCUUAAAUGUCACUCAUAUCCAUCACACAAACACCUUAGUUCCCCAGGAACAACACCAGAGAAGAGGAGUAGCGUGCAUCUCAUCUGCAGAAAAGUAGUGCGUCCAUCAUGUACGACAAAAACAACACUGUACGAUGCCCAGCAGCAGUUGUAGACACUUCUGAUGUCUGGUACGGACCUGCUGUUGUUGUUGACGGUUGUAUGAGGUCGGAAACAGCGCCGCUGAAAAGACCCAUAUUGCCCCCUAGUUUUGGGGAGGAGGACACAUUCACGUCAAUAAUUUGAUUUUCUGCAUGUAUACGAUACGAAGAGAAGUCUGAUUCAACGAAAGAAACGAAUGAUGAGCUCAGUCCGAUUAAGCUGUGCAUGUAAACACACUGAGUGACAUUACAUCUGAUUUUUAGAGACCUGUGAAGGACCUGGAACAAUACACUUUACCAGGAGAAGCUUUACACAUUGAUUUUUUCUCCCUCUUCAGGUUGACGUCUUUGUUGCCAUGGAUUAUCACAAGAGGAGUUACGGCAGCUUCCAUGGACGUGUUCAUCUACAAGGCUCCUCCCCCAUGGAUGCCUCUUUAGUCAUCACAGAGAUCACCUUGGAGGAUUAUGGGAGAUAUAAAUGUGAAGUUAUUGACGGGCUGGAGGAUGGGACAGUGGUGGUAUCCCUGGAUCUUGAAGGUAAAACAAUCGUUUAAAAAUCUGUCUUAAAUUUCUGUUUGAUGUCUUUGUGCUGCAACAGACUGGCUAAUUUUAGCCUCAGAAGCAGGGAGUGCUUGAGGGAAAGUGAGUCAGGAGCCAGUUUGUUCUGUAAGCAGAGAGUACAUCAGUGUCAGAGCAGCUUCAUUAUGUGUGGGGGCAGCCAGAAAAUCAGCCAUUACUGCCUGAAGUCUGCAGCUCUAGCAGCAGGCUGACGGAGGGACAGCUGUGCUCACUCAGCGAGACCUGCUGUCACUUUCAGUCCUUGGGUUAAAUAACAGGAUCAAAUAAGAACCCCAGAGUUCAGGUCCUGGGUUUGUCUGCUCAAAGAGGGUUAUCACGUCUAUGUUUCUCUCUGUAGGGGUUGUUUUCCCGUACUUCCCUCGCCUCGGUCGAUACAACCUCAACUUCUACGAUGCUGACAGGGGGUGUCGAGAGCAGGAUGCCAUUGUGGCGUCCUUUGACCAGCUUUAUGAGGCGUGGAGAGGAGGCAUGGACUGGUGCAAUGCCGGCUGGCUGAGCGACGGUACAGUUCAGUAUCCUAUCAACGUUCCCAGAGAACCCUGUGGAGGGAAAAACAUGGAGCCUGGGGUCCGAAACUAUGGCCUAAGAGACAAAGAGAAGAACCACUACGACGUCUUCUGCUUCACCUCCCACUACAAAGGUGAGCGAUGGUCCAACCUUUCCCUGUAUGUCAGCACAUCACGCUGCAUGUGCUCAUGUUUCUCUGUCUUUCAGGUCGCUUCUACUACCUGAUCCAUCCAUCUAAGUUAACCUAUGAUGAGGCGGUCGGAGCGUGCAAGAAAGAUGGUGCUCAAAUCGCCAAGGUCGGCCAGAUGUUUGCUGCCUGGAAGCUCCUGGGGUAUGACCGCUGUGACGCUGGCUGGUUGGCUGACGGCAGCGUCCGUUACCCCAUCUCCCAACCGCGCCGGCGCUGUAGUCCCACAGAGGCUGCCGUCAGGUUCAAUGGCUUCCCUGACAAGAAGCACAAGCUGUAUGGAGUUUACUGCUUCAAGGGCCACAACUGAGCUACACACCCACAGUCAAGCUACACACACUUCAGCAUGCAAACACACACAUUCACACACAAGACUCUCUGAAGGUAUGAACAAACACUUUCAAACUGUGAUGCUUUUGAUGGAAACCUUAUGACAUUAUUGUCAGAUGAGUUAUGCUGUUGUUAUCUGGGACCUGAUACUCUACGAGGGAUAGUUUACACAUAUUUAAGGUCCAUAUUAUUUAACCAAUGCC